GGAAAUCUGUUCGAUAGGUAACAGCUGAAGUUAUAUUUUCGCAACAAGUUAACACAGACAUGGAACUAUCUUCUGUUACUGUUUUUGUUGUUGAUGCUUUCACGAACGAGCUUUUCUCUGGUAAUCCAGCAGCUGUUUGUUGUUUGGAAAAAGAUAUUCCAGAUACAUUGAAAAGUAAAAUAGCUGCUGAAAUGAAUUUGUCUGAAACUGCCUUUGCUACCAUUGACACUGAUGGUGAUAAGACAUUUGAAAAAGGCACUAAAUUUGGGUUACGGUGGUUCACACCAACACAUGAAGUUGAUUUGUGUGGUCAUGCUACACUUGCAACUGCUGCUGUUAUUUUCCACAAAUUAGGAAAUAAAGAAAAAACUAUAGAAUUUAAAACACGCAGUGGAAUCCUAAAAGCCAUUCAGGAAGGUGAAUCAUCUAUUACUUUGGAUUUCCCAAUAAAUCCUCCUUCGCCAUUUGAAGCAGAAAAUCUGCCAGAUAUUGUACGCAUCGUCGUUGGCAACCUUGAAAUCCAAGAUGUUCAACAUUCUGCCACAACCAAGAAAUUACUCUUGCGCCUAGCCAAUAAAUAUAACAGACAAGAUUUGGAGGCUUUAAACCCAUCUCUACAAGAUCUGCUUGCCGUUGAGAAGAAUGGCAUGGUCAAAGGAGUGAUAGUUACCCUGCAAGCUAACGACAAAGAGGACUACGACUUUUACAGCCGUUAUUUCGCUCCUUGGGUUGGAAUCCCCGAGGAUCCAGUUACGGGAUCUGCCCAUACAGUACUCGCACCGUAUUGGCAAACAGUUUAUAACAAGCGUCACUUUCGAGCUAGACAGUGUUCAAAACGAGGAGGGGAUUUAAUCGUGAAAAUUGUGGAACAGCGGGUCGAAUUGACGGGCCAAGUAGCCCACGUCCUCGAAGGGACAAUCCGCAUCAAAUAAACCAAGAUAACGACAGGAUUAUCUAAAACGCCGGGACCUUCAUCCAAUAUGUGUCUAAGUUUGACGGCGUUUUUGGAUUUUGGUCGCAAUUCAUUUUGAAUAACCAUUCCGACGUCUGCCACCGAAACCGAUGGGGGGAUGACUGGACCGGCGGUAGCUCCAUCCCCGGAACCAAAGUUAAUUCCCAUUUGUUGCAUGACAUUCAUGAAAGCAUUGACUGGCUGGGCUUCUUUGAGGAUCUGGAAAUUCUCACUGUGGGGUCAAAUAUAAACGGUUAAAUCAAUUGAA